UUCAUCUUCAAAUGCAUUCAGCUUUACGAAACCACGGUUGUUCGGCACGGCCUCAUGCUGAUCGGGCCUACAGGCUCCGGAAAAACAAAGCGUGCUGCAGUGAAAGACUAACCCACUUCCUGAUUUUAAGCAUUCCUGUCGCUAUAGGGCUUUCCAAGUUUGGUAUAUUAUUACAUGGAAUAAGUCUCUAG